AUGGGCGAGUUCGUCCGUCGAAAGACGAAGCUCGGUCUCAAACUGUUGUUCACCGUCGCCUGUUUACGUCGCGAUGGCGAAUGCUGCUGCAUCGUUUGCAUUCUUCUUCAUGGUACUACGCGCAAGCCGAAGCCGGGCGAAAUCGACGGCGUUGACUAUCGCUUCAUUUCCAAGGAGGAAUUCACGGCACUUGAACGCAACGGUGAACUGCUGGAACGCGGCGAGUUGGAAGGAAACUUUUACGGCACCCCGAAACCGCCGAAAUUCGAGGAAAACGAGUUAGACGACGGUUGUCUGUCGUCGCUUGCCACCCCUGACUCCUCCGCUCCGACUUAUUCGCGUCUGGAGAAGUCCAGAGAAAUGCCAGCGGUGUACAACAACGAACCGUCCGCUGCAACUGCAGAAUCGCAACUGACCAACGGCUCCUCGUCCUUCAACUCAGCGGCCGUACCUCAGGUCGCCGAUGAACUUGGCUACUUGCCGCCGAACUGGGAAAUCGGCUACACGGAACUCGGAGAAAAGUAUUUCAUCGAGUGA